GUCAUUUUAUUCCUUGCUUGAUUAAGAAUACUUAUUUCUUACCUAUAGCUGUGAAGAGUAUAUGAUCUACUUCUCUUCAAAGUGUUUUUGGAGUAUCAUCUGAAAUAUUCAAGUUACAUAUUUUUGGAUUUAUUGUGGAUUAUGAUAAAAGGUAUUGAUCUAAGCCAGGGGUUCUUAACCAGAGUCCAUAGACCCCAAGAAGUCUAUGGGUGGUAGAUUCCAGAGGUUUGUGCAGUGGGUUAGGGGAGAAAUUACAUCUUUAUUUCAUUAUAAUUUUGUAUAAUAAAUAUAAAUUUGUAUAUUUUUUCUUGUGCAGUUAAAAACUCUAAGAACUUUACCAGACUGCAAAAAAGACCCAUAAUACAAAGGUUAACAACUUCUCUUCAAUAAAGUAAACAAUUUCAUAUCCAGUAUACCGCUUCCUUCUAGGCUAAUGUAAUGUGUUAAUUUCUCCCUUUUCUAUCCCAUAAGUCAUUCCUUUUGCUCUACAGAUUGUAUUUAUGAGUAACAUAGAAUAAUUUUUUUAAAGAGGUUCUGAGGUCAAAGCUCUUUACUUGGGUCCCUGUUCACAGACUUUACAUGACCCUGAUCUUUGUCUCAGCUUCUGGGUCUAGACCUUCCCUGUCUUCUACUUGCACUUUCCUAUCCCUUCAGGCUUGGAGACAUGCUCUAUGAUCCUGCCUCCCUCCUUUGGGGGCCACAGAAAAGACCAGUCAAGGGAAGGGGUUGAGAGCCUUUUAACGGUCCAUGGUUCUCAGUCAAUGCACUGAGAGGGAUAAAACGGCCAGACCCACUCAAAAUUACAAAUCUGGAGUCAGAAAGUAACAGUAAAAGAAACAGCCUUUAUUCUUUCUUAUGAAAAAGGGCAAGUGCCCUAAUGUGAUAGAUCAAUGCAUGGGCAGCAGAAACAAACAUAUAAGUUCCUAAUGCAAGACCCCCUCCCUCCUCUGUCUGACACCAAUUGUCUGGGGCCAAUGGGUGUAGGGACUUACAAUCUAGGCAGGAAGUCUACUUCAGUCAGAAAACAGCAAGAUUCAUAGCAUGAGCUCAUUGGGAGCUCCCACUUGGGAGGGGUAAGGUUAUGGGAAAGUAACCAUGUCCUCUGGAGUGAUUCCCUUAGCUUCUAAAGUAUUAGGAGAUAGAAUAGCCUGACUGCUUUCCUUAUUUUCUUGAGCCCUAAUAGGACUUACUUGAAGUGUGAGAUAAGGGGUCUCCCAACUCAUUGGGCCUAUGACAAUAACAAGAUGUCCUUGAGGUCUUAUUCUGCAGGCCCAAGCAGAUUUUAAAUCUUGGGGUACACACACGCGCACGCGUCCACCCUUGAGAAGAACACGUUCUCUUUUAGUCUCCACAUGAUCACACAACAAGAUUAAAAAGACAGUGAACUAAUUUCCUAUAUGAUUGAGAAGACAUAAUAUAAAUGAAAUGGACAGUUGUGAGAUGAGGUCUAGAAGUAUUUUUUAAUAAUAAAAUUAUGAAAGGAAAAGAAUUAAGUUUAUCCAUAAUUAUCAUCUUUGCCAGAUUUUAAACUUCUGUAGUUCAGAUCAUGUGUCAUCCUUCUGGUAUCUAUCUCUGCACCUUAUAUACUUAGUCCAAUGUUUUUGUCUUUCCCUCUGUUUAUUCCUGAGACCCCCCAUGAAUUGACUUUUCUUUUUUCCCCCUUUUUUCUUAACACUUUUUUAUUUGUGACCAUGGUUUACCUGAUCUAAUUGUGAAGUGUAUAUCUUUUCCUUCCUAUUUUUUACAUGUUGAUUUUUAUUCCUUCUUAUCAGAUGGGCUGUUUGUUUUUGACAAUCUUAUUCUAUCUUGUGAGAUUUAAAAUAGUGAAGCCCAUAAACUGUAGUGAGUUAAAAUGGUGGAAGAUAUAAAUUGUGAUACAUAUAAGAGAGGGUGAGUAAAUUUGACCACAGAAAAUAUGUUUCACUACAGUGUCUUGGUUUUAAAUCAAAUACAAGGUGGUCACCAGGGAAAUAUUCCCAAUUAUUCAAAUACCCAAGUCAACUGAGUUUUAUAGAAAUUUUAAUUAACACAAAUGUGGAAUUAAAGAAAAGAGAGAGAGAGAGAAAAAAAAAGGAAAUAAGUAUGAAGGGCCUUAAGCCAACAUGGCCUAGACUUGAGUCUUAUGAGAGAGAGAUCAGUCAGUCAGUCUUUUAACACACACCAGGCCAGCAUCAUCUCAGCUGCUUUCACCAGCUCCCUCCUCCAUCUGAAUAUUUCAGAAUCAGUCCUUCCUUAAUCUGAAUGUUACAGAAUGAGUCCUCCUCAAUCUGAAUGUUUCAGAAUGACCUCCUCAAUCUGAAUGUUUCAGAAUUGACUUCCAGCUCUUCUCUGAGCUCUUAUUUUUAAGGGCAAAAUCUCCUAUGUCACCUCCCCUAAGUUCUUCCAUCUACCAAUCACUGUAGAUGCUUUCUAAAAGACAGCCCAUUUUGAAUUCACAGCUGAGUAGAUUAAUCUCUUUAGUAAGUCAGAAAAAAAUUGCUGCUGUGUCGACUAAUUUCAUUAAGAGAAAAUCUCUGAGUAAGUUUUCACCUUUUAGGUCUAAAUAGUUUACAAGUUGCCCCACCUUUAUAGGCACCUAGCAUCCCAUUGUAUCAAUUCCAAAAACAGGCAUGGCUCAAAGAACUCCUUUCCUUUAUAAGUAUGGUUUUCAAGUACUUUCAUUGUUUAGCAAGGAGUUUUCUGCCCUAAAGCAUUCUUAAGUAGGGGUGGAGUAGGGAUACUCCCAUAGCAAGGUGUUUUCACAUUCAAGUAGAGUUCUCACUAUCUGGUAGGGAAUUAUUUCAAGUAGGGAAUUGGAGGAUUCCUCAAUGUGGAAUAAAUUUUUUAACAUUCAUAAGUCUGUGAAAUUUUAAGGUUUAUAAUCUUUACUCACUUUUUAACCCAAUUUCCUAAGCUUUUUUUCUUUCCAUUUGCCACACCCACUGUUUUAGCAGCAGAUGAGGGUUUCCUGUUUCAUUAGAAUAGAUGAGCUUCCUUUCUUUAACUGAAAAAUUAUUAUGGGUAGGAAUUGUUUUCUUUGCAUCCCCAGUGCCCCUGACAAGGACCUGUCACAUGAUAAGUCACCCAGGUAGCUCCUAUUCAAUUUCCAAAAUGUUAGCAGGAUCAGCUUUGUUCUCUUGUUUUCAGUCAGAAAAAACACCUCAUUAAAACUGAUUUCUUUACCUUUGUCUUUUCCUAUUCCACCUACUUCUUUUAGACUCUUUCCUAUUCAUUCCUUCCCUAUAUUUUAGAGCAGCAAGACCAUAACACCAGAAUGAAGAGCAAGAACCAUGUUGUCCUCUUCUGCCAAGAUGAAUAGAACUGGACCCCCUAAUCACAGUUAGCUGUUCCACAGAUGCAUGCUCUUAAUGGUCACAAAGGUGGUAGAAAGAAUUGUUGACAAGAGGAAAAACAAGAAAGGAAAAACAGAGUAUUUGGUUAGAUGGAAAGGCUAUGAUAGCGAAGAUGACACUUGGGAACCUGAACAGCAUCUUGUGAAUUGUGAAGAAUACAUACAUGACUUUAACAGACGUCACAACGAAAAACAAAAGGAAAGCACAUUAACCAGAACAAAUAGGACCUCUCCAAACAACGCUAGGAAACAGAUUUCCAGAUCUACUAAUAGCAGUUUUUCAAAAACAGCUCCCAAAUCACUUGUUAUUGGGAAAGACCACGAUUCAAAAAAUAGUCAAUUAUUUAAUGCCAGCCAGAAAUUUAGGAAAAAUACAUCACCGUCUCUCUCUAGCCGAAAAAAUAUGGACCUUGCAAAAUCUGGUAUUAAAAUUCUUGUCCCCAAGAGUCCUAUUAAGAGUAGGACAGCAGUUGAUGGCUUUCAGAAUGAAAGUCCCGACAAACUGGAUCAUAUUGAACAAGAUCAAGAAGAUUCUGUGGCCCCAGAGGUGGCAGCAGAAAAGCCCGUUGGAGCUUUAUUGGGUCCUGGUGCAGAAAGAGCUAGAAUGGGAAGCAGGCCAAGAAUACACCCAUUAGUGCCUCAGCUGCCUGUCCCUGUGACAGCUACAAUUGCCUCAGGAUUAACAAUCAAUGGGAAAGCAACUCCCUGUAUUCUUCCCUGUGUUCUUUUCUUCCUAUUUUCUUGUACCUCUGCCCUUAUGGAUACAUUAGCAGCCAAUGGAACAACCAAUAUACAAACAUCUGUUACAGCAGUGACAGCCAACAAAAGGAGGUUUAUUGAAGAUAGAAGAGACCAACCUUUUGACAAAAGGCUGCGUUUCAGUGUGAGACAAACUGAAAGUGCUUACAGAUAUAGAGACAUUGUGGUUAGAAAGCAGGAUGGCUUCACCCAUAUCUUAUUAUCAACAAAAUCAUCAGAAAAUAAUUCAUUAAACCCAGAGGUAAUGAAGGAAGUCCAGAGUGCACUGAAUACAGCUGCUGCAGAUGAUAGUAAACUUGUACUGCUCAGUGCAGUUGGGAGUGUCUUCUGCUGCGGUCUUGAUUUUAUUUAUUUCAUACGGCGUCUAACAGAUGAUAGGAAAAGAGAAAGCACUAAGAUGGCAGAAGCUAUCAGAAACUUUGUAAAUACAUUCAUACAAUUUAAGAAGCCCAUCAUUGUAGCAGUAAAUGGCCCUGCCAUUGGACUUGGGGCUUCCAUAUUGCCUCUUUGUGAUGUAGUUUGGGCUAAUGAAAAGGCUUGGUUUCAAACACCGUAUACUACCUUUGGACAGAGUCCAGAUGGAUGUUCAUCACUUAUGUUCCCGAAGAUAAUGGGACUGGCAUCUGCAAAUGAAAUGUUAUUCAGUGGAAGGAAGUUGACUGCACAGGAGGCUUGUGCCAAAGGACUGGUCUCCCAAGUGUUUUGGCCGGGGACAUUCACACAGGAAGUAAUGGUUCGAAUUAAGGAACUUGUCACAUGUAAUUCAGUUGUACUUGAAGAAUCCAAAGCUCUAGUGCGCAGUAUCAUGAAGGUGGAUUUAGAACAAGCAAAUGAAAAGGAAUGUGACAUAUUGAAGAAAAUCUGGGGCUCUGCCCAAGGAAUGGACUCCAUGUUGAAAUACUUGCAGAGGAAAAUUGAUGAAUUUUGAUUGACAAAAAUGACACUGGAAUUGUGUUUAGUGGGACAUCAGUGGCUCAGAGAUGCCGUAAUUCAUUUAAAAUCCAGAAACAAGUUUACUCAUAGCUUAAAAAAAAAAGCUUGAAAAUAAGACUGGAAAAGUUCAAGCUUUUUACCAUCAAGGAGUAUCUUAAAGUACUGUAUCCUUUAAAAGAAAAAAGGGCAAACAAAAGCGCCUUUUCCCAAUAUAAUUAUUUUAUACAAAAUAAAUGUACACACACAAACUGAAAAGUUAUAAUGUUGAGCACCAGACAGUUCUUUGAAUCUUUCAUUUUUGUUAACUUUGGCUAGUACUGUAUAAAAAAAAAAAGAAAAGGAUUGAAUGGUGUUUGUUGUUUUCUGGGUGGCAGGAAAGUCUAGAAUAAUGUUUGUUUUCCUCAUUUAUUUUCUCCUAGAAUACAGAGACUAAACGGGUAUGAGCCAGCCCCUCUCCUAACUGCCCCACUCACUGUCAGUAAGAUCAGAGAUGCUGGCUGAGUUUAUCUCCAAGAAGGUGCAAAUACCUCAGAGGAUGGAAUUCAAAAUGAAGUCAAUCAAAAAUAAGUCUUAGGCUUUAGUUUAUACCCCUCUAAUGAGAAGUCAAGUGAUGAACAAUUGAAUGUGUGCUCAGGAUUUAUAUUCAGUAAGCCCUUUUUUGAAGACAUGUCCAAUUCUUACCCAGUUAGCAUGAAGAAACCACUGUCUCUAGAAGAAAGCUUGUUUUGCAGUAUUAGUGAAUCACUGAAUAUCUUAUGUAUGAAUAUCUAAGUUAUAAGUUAGUCUUAAUGGGUUUUAAAAAUAAUUAGUUUUCUUGACUUUUUUGAAGAAUAACUACAUAAGUGCUUCUUGUUGCUGGGUGAGAAUACUACUUUAUAUACAGUUUUGUUUUUCUAUUUGCAGUUUUAAUUGAUAUACUACACCAAAAAACAAAACAAAAAACAAAAAAAAACAUUUUAUGUUCAUAAAGUGUAAUUUCUAGGUUCACUUAGAAUAUAUUUUAUUUAAUAAGUUAAAAUUCUUUUGGCACACUAUUAAAUACAGAAACUCCUUUCAAAAAACUACCUUAUAUUAGACAUGUAAUGCUUUUUAUGUAUACACUAUAUACUGUAUACAGUAUGGUGUACAAGAGUGCCCUGUGUAAAUAGACAUAUUUUGCAUUCCUUUCAGGAGUGGUAACUGAUUCCUGACUACAGAUGCCUAUUAUUAAGUUGGGCAGCUGUGCUUGCAACGUAUUGAAUGUAUGAAGAAUGAAAUAAAAUCAAACCUUAUUUUUGUACAGUUUUGAAGUUUGUACUUGGAACUGACCACCUCCCCUUCCUUGUGGAGAGCUGUACAGUGUGUAAAUCUGCCUUUACCUUGGAUUGGUACAGUAUUUUUGCAUCUGUGGGACCUACUUUUUUUGUUCAGUAGUUGAACUAUAUAUAAACUGUACAAUCUGUAAAGUUUUUAUAGAAUAAAUAUUCAGCUGUGAAAACUGGUUAAAAUAAAACUAAUAUUUCUUAACACAUUCUAAA